UCUCUCCCAGUCUCUGAAUCCACAGUGUCUGCCGGAGAUGAAGGGCUCCGCAGGGCUCUUACCUUGGCCCUUUGAUGGAGCAGAGCCCCCCAACAAAUGAAGUGCUUCUUUAAAGCCCAAAGACAGUUUUGUGUUAUGCUUCAUUAAAAUCAAUAGGUUGUUCUCUGGUAAACAGUCACUUGGAAAUUUGUUUUGCUAAGGAGUCAUUUUCCUCUAUCUUAUAGCAAACUAUCAUUUAAAGGACUGAUUUCUGGGUUGAGAGCCCAGGUAAUUGCAAGUGAGCACCAGAUUUUGCUAGAUGUGUGUGUGGGUAGAGUCAUAAAACAUGAAAAUGUACCUGUUGUAUGUUUAUUUCCAAAAGUUGAUGUCCUUUGUCCAUUUGUUAUAUGCUGCCACCACAUAGCUUAGCAUCAGAAGAAUUGGGGCCUAAAGGAUAUUUUCAGAGUCACACAUGACUGAGCAGGACAGUUACACACUGCUGAAAAAACUCCUUAUGGGGUGGGAGAGCUGUGAGCAGAAGAGUUACUUGGAAGAAGUUUACAUCAUUCUGCUUCCUAAAAGAUUAAAGUUCUAAUGGCCAAGAACUUCCUGUGCUUCAUUGUACACAUUCCCAGACUGCUAUCUGUAAUGUCAAGACCAAGCCUCUUGGAAGAAACCGGGUUGGUCACUGGGCUUUUCUUUGGACAUCUCCUAACUCUUUAUAACACAGAAUAAGCCCCUUCCUUUAGGUGACCAUUCCUGGUUCCAUUUAAUUAGGCCUAUAUUUCACAUUUAACACAAAAUCAGUCGUGCUGACAGUUUCAAAUGGAGAUACGAGAUCUACAACAAAUACCAGCUCAGCACGACUUACAUGGAAGAAAUCUUGGGUUUUGGAGUCAGAAUUGGCAUCACAUUCCUACUUUGUUCCUUAACCUUAUGAAGUCAGUCAACAUCUUUGGCCCUUCCAACUCUGUGUCCUCUUUGGAAAAUGAUUCUUUCUUUACAAGCAUUUUUGAUACUUGAUGAGUUAAUCUGUAUCAAGACCUGGCAUACCACCUUGCUUUCAAUGACCAGUGAUUCUCUUGGUGGCGAUAAUUAUGAUGGCUACUUUGGCUCCAGUGUGGUCUUGCUAUUUCUCAUUUAUGUGUCUUGGGUAAAGUACUUAAAAGCUUCCAUUUGGAGAUAUCUCUACCGAUCUGGAAGGACUGGUUUCAGGCUUAAUUUAUUAAAUGAAAUGAAGCUGUGUCUGAUCUAGUAGACCCUACAACACUUACAUAGGCUUACUGGGUGCUAGCAAUGGGUUUUUUCCUCCUCUUUGGUCGGUUUUUCAGCUUAUUUUAAUCUUCCUAACAAUUGUAUGCACUCAGUAGUUAUCGCUUUUCUCAUUUUGCAGAUGAGACAGCUGAGGUUCCCUGGGGUUAUAUAAGGAGCCCAGGAAGGAAGUACUGUGUUGGGGACUGGAAGUGGGUCCCCUUCUUAACCUCUGGCCCAGCUGCUGAGUGAGUGGCCCUCCCUUCUGCUGGCCCCACCCACCUCACCACACCCACCUCCCAUGAGUACCACCAUUGUGAGACUGGCUCUAUACUACUCAACAUAGAGCCCCUUUGUGUGUAUGAAGUCAAAGUGGAAUUUCUUUCUCCUGCUACUCAGGGACUGAGAAGAGGGGCCCUGGAGCCUGAUCAUUCUUCUGCCAGCAAGACACAUGCAGCCAAAAAUGAAUUUGGGGACAGCAGCUACUUGCUACCAGAGGUAUGGAAAAGCAGGGCCAUCGUGAAAUGGAAGGUGGCCUGUCUGAGUCUCACUCCCAUGUUAGAUUGUUGAAGGUCAACCGGGAACUUCUAGUCACGCACAUCCGUAACGUGCAGUGUCUGGUGGACAACUUGCUGCACAAUGACUACUUCUCAGCAGAGGACGCGGAGAUCGUGUGUGCCUGCCCCACCCAGCCGGACAAGGUCCGAAAAAUCCUGGAUCUGGUACAGAGCAAGGGUGAGGAGGUGUCUGAGUUCUUCCUCUACGUGCUCCAGCAGCUUGCAGAUGCCUACGUGGACCUCAGGCCUUGGCUGUUGGAGAUCAGUUUUUCCCCUUCACAGCUCAUUCAGAACAAAACUAUUGUCAACACUGACCCAGUGAGCAGGUACACUCAGAAGCUGCGACACCAGCUGGGCUGCGACUCCAAAUUCAUGCUGUGCUACGCGCAGAAAGAGGAGCUGCUGCUGGAGGAGACAUACACAGACACUAUCAUGGAGCUGGUGAGCUUCAGUAACGAGAUCCUGGGCAGCCUCAGCAGCCUGGCUUGCCUGCUGGACCCCAGCUCGGACGUCCUCAAUGAGCACGGCGAGACUGUGUUCGUGUUCGGCGACGCGGGCGUGGGCAAGUCCAUGCUGCUGCAGCGGCUGCAGAGCCUCUGGGCCUCGGGCCGGCUGGGCGCAGAAAUCAAGUUCUUCUUCCAUUUCCGCUGCCGCAUUUUCAGCUGCUUCAAGGACAGUGACACGCUGAGCCUGCAGGACCUGCUCUUCAAGCACUUCUGCUACCCUGAGCAGGACCCCGAGGAGGUGUUCGCCUUCCUGCUGCGCUUUCCCCAGGCGGCGCUCUUCACCUUCGACGGCCUGGAUGAGCUGCACUCAGACUUCGACCUGAGCCGAGUGCCAGACACCUGCUGCCCCCGGGAACCCGCCCACCCGCUGGUCCUGCUGGCCAACCUGCUCAGCGGGCGGCUGCUCCAGGGCGCGAGAAAGCUGCUCACAGCGCGCACGGGCGUCGAGGUGCCGCGCCACCUCCUGCGCAAGAAGGUGCUUCUCCGGGGCUUCUCACCCAUCCACCUGCGCGCCUAUGCCCGCAGGAUGUUCCCCGAGCGCGCCGCGCAGGCCCACCUGCUCCAGCAGCUGGAGGCCAACCCCAACCUCUGCAGCCUGUGCGCCGUGCCGCUCUUCUGCUGGAUCAUCUUCCGCUGCUUCCAGUAUUUCCACUCCGCCUUCGAGGGCUCCCCGCAGCGGCCCGACUGCGCUGUGACUCUGACCGACGUCUUCUUGCUGGUCACCGAGGUCCACCUGAACAGGACGCAGCCCCGCAGCCUGGUGCAGCGCAACACGCGCAGCACUGCGGAGACCUUCCGCGCCGGGCUGCGCACGCUGCGCGCGCUGGGCCAAGUGGCCCGCAGUGGCAUGGAGCAGAGCCUCUUCGUGUUCUGCCAGGACGACGUGGAGGCCUCCGGGCUGCAGGAGGCGGACCUGGCGCUCGGCUUCCUGCGGACCACGCCCGCGCUGGGGCCCUGUGGGGGGCAGUCCUACGAGUUUUUCCAUAUCACCCUGCAGGCCUUCUUCACGGCCUUCUUUCUCGUGGUGGACGACAAGGUGGGCACACAGGAGCUGCUCCGGUUCUUCCGAGAGUGGACGCCUCCUGGGGAGGGCGCAGCCGCAUCCUGCCUGCCCUCUUUGUUACCUUUCCAACGCUGGCGGGGUGGCCGUCCGGCAGGCUCCGACCUGUUCAAGAACAAGGACCACUUUCAGUUCACCAACCUCUUCCUGUGCGGGCUGCUGUCCAAGGCCAGGCAAGAGCUGCUGAGGCACCUGGUGCCUGCCGCCGCCCUAAGGAGGAAGCGCCAUGCGCUGUGGACGCACCUGUGCACCAGCAUGCGCAGCUACCUGAAGAGCCUGCCCCGGCUGCACAGCGGGGGCUUCAAGCAGGUGCAGGCCAUGCCCACCUUCCUGUGGAUGCUGCGCUGCAUCUACGAGACGCAGAGCCAGAAGGUGGCGCGGCUGGCGGCCCGUGGCGUCUGUGCCGACUACCUCAAGCUGACUUUCUGCAAUGCCUGCUCGGCCGACUGCAGCGCCCUCUCCUACGUCCUGCACCACCUCCACAAGAGCCUGGCCCUCGACCUGGACAACAACAAUCUCAACGACUAUGGCGUGCGCGAGCUGCAGCCCUGCCUCAGCCGCCUGGUCGUCCUCAGACUCAGCGUCAACCAGAUCACUGACAACGGGGUAAAGGUGCUGUGUGAAGAACUCACCAAGUACAAAAUUUUGACAUAUUUGGGUUUAUACAGCAACCAGAUCACUGAUGUCGGAGCCAGGUACGUCGCGCAGAUCCUAGAGGAAUGCAAAGGCCUCACACACCUUAAACUGGGAAAAAACAAAAUAACAAGUGAAGGUGGCAAGUGUCUCGCUCUGGCGGUGAAGAACAGCACGUGGAUCUCUGACAUUGGGAUGUGGGGUAAUCAGAUCGGGGACGAAGGAGCGAAAGCCUUUGCAGAGGCGUUGAGGGAUCACCCCCGUCUAUCCUUCCUGAGCCUCGCAUUCAACUGCAUCUCUACUGAAGGAGGGAAGAGCCUUGCUCAGGCCCUGCAGCACAACACGUCUCUGCUGACAUUCUGGCUGACCCAAAAUGAACUCAACGAUGAAGUGGCAGAGAGCUUCGCAGAAAUGCUGAAAGUCAACCAGACGUUGAAGCAUUUAUGGCUUAUCCAGAAUCAGAUCACAGCCAAAGGCACUGCCCAGCUGGCAGAGGCGCUACGGGAGAACACUGGCAUAACAGAGAUUUGUCUAAAUGGAAACUUGAUAAAGCCAGAGGAGGCCAAAGCCUUCGAAGAGGAGAAGCGACUCAUCUGUUUCUGAGAGGGCCUUCCUGAGUGGGGCGAGGACUUUCCUUCACCCUCUGACUCUCAGCAUCAGUCACCACUCUGCAGAUGGUGCAUGGGAUGCCCUUCGGAGGCUGCUGCAAGGGGACUGUCAGGAACCUGCUGCCCUACAAGCAAACAAGCUCCUGGCACACACCCAGCGGGCAGCUGCCCCUCCCAAGCAGCUAUGAGGGUUCUGCAGAAGCUGAGUGUGUCUCAUGAGCCUCUGUGGUUACUGCCAAACAGUAACAUGUUUUCUCUCCUGUGAAGAGACUUAAUUGCAUAGCCAUAAUUAUUUAAUCUAAAACUAGGGGAUAAGACAGAGGAGGACAGAUGAUACUAAUCUUAGCUUGUGCAGAUGCUGCCCUGAGGCCCAGCAAAAGCAUUGGUUUCUGAUGUCUUCACGGAAGAGCUGAAGAUGUGCUUCCAUUUCUUGGAAAGAAAGUACUCCAUGAACAUGAAGUGUUGUGCCUGAAAUGCCCCCACCUCUUGCUCCUGGUGGGGUGGUACUGUUCCCACUUCACAGCUGUACACACUGAGGUAUAGACAGUGGGGAUCGGAUUCAGCCAAGUGCUUUUCAUCAGAGGCUUUGUUGUCAGUCCUAGAGUCUUGCUGCAUGCUCAAGAAGAUCAGAGGAUGCCCUCUUAGCUGGUCUAAGAGAAUGGAUGAUGCCUUCAGGCUGUGAUCCUACUGUGUGCUGUGUCCAGUGUCAGCUGGUCUCCUUGGAAGCCUGCAUCCUGGGCCGACACCCCAGCCUGAAGAAGAAACCAUCUGUGUGCUCCAAAUGGGACCUAGCAUCCAAAUGGAAGCUUUUCUCUCCUUGCCUCUUGAGAGGGGAAAUCUUUUCCUGCCCCUGAGCCAUGGGAGGUAACUGAAUACACUGAGAACUGGUCUCAAACUCCACCAGCAAAGCAUGGCAGUCAGACACCCACCACCAUGGCCGGCACAUGGUAGAUGCUCAGUUGGGGUGGGGUGGUGAUAUUUUUAAAUAACUUGUUCUUUUGCCAUCUCAUUUGUUAAUAAAAUGAUGAAAAUGCAA